UUAUGUUUUGAAGUGCCCAAACAUGGCUCUGCACAGGCUACUAUUAGUGAGUCUUGUCUUUAUCACAGGUCACUUUGGCUCAGUCUCAACCCAACACAAUGUCUGCAAGACCUUUGGCAGUGGGGUCAUGCAGACUUUCAAUGGGACCAUGUUUCAUGUGAAAACCACAUGUACUGUAACACUGACACACUUCACUUAUAAUGGAGUUGAAUGUUUUAUCUCUGUCCAGCGUGAUAAAACUGGCUUCAUGAAGAGAGUUGAGAUUUUGGUGAAUAAAAUUUCUACCAUCAUUCAGGAUGGAAACCUCACUGUGGAAGGAAACAGAGUCUCUCUGCCCUAUUCCCAGACCUAUCUGAGGGUAUAUAGAUUUGGCAUUUAUACCAGGCUUAACUGCAAAGUUCUGCCACUUUCUGUCACCUGGUAUACUUUACCUGAUGGUGUCACUUCACUUUGGGUGCAACUGGACAUGGCCUCAAUGGAUGUGAUGACUGGGAUAUGUGGGAGUAUGAGUUCAUCAGAAACGCAGCUUCUUGCAAAUAAUAUCAUGCGUGGUAAUUGUUUGACUGAAGAUUCCAUUCAAGCAGAUGAUAACAAUGGGAUCUGUACAAAUUUUAAGAGUCAGGCCAGAGAAUGCACUGCAGAUUUCGAUGAUUUUCUAAGUCUCUGCCUGAAAAACAUGUACAAUGCACAUAAGUUGGUACAAUGUGCUUUCUAUGAGGAGUUCCUUCGCUCCUGUGAUGUUGAAAGUGAAAAUAAAAUGGAAAAAUUUCGAUCUAUAAUUUCAUGUGAGGCACAUCGCUGUCCUGGAGAUUUGCAAUAUAAGGAUCAAGCUGUUGCUUUUCCUCCCACCUGCUCCAAUCCCCAGCUUCAGACAGAUUUCAAAACCAGCACUUGCCUUCCUCAAACUGGUUUGGUCCUGAACAAUCUAGAAGAAGGCUACCACAGUAUUAAGGUGGAGGACUGUCCUUGUUUGCACAGGGGAAUUAUUUAUAAUCCUGGUCAAAGCCACAGCACAAAGUGCCAAAAUUGUAAAUGCAUUAAAGGAAAAUGGAUCUGCUCAGCUAACACCUGUGUGACUCCAUGUACCAUUGAAGGCUGGUUUGUCAGAACCUUUGAUGGAAAAGAAUAUUCUCUACCUGGAAAAUGUACCUACAUGGCUGCAAGGGGACUAAACUGGACUGUGACCAUCAAGGUUUCUGAUGUGACAAUAGGAGAAUUGUGCCUUAAAGUGUUUAAGGAACAAUACACCUUCUCAUUAAACCGUGUACAAUUUGGGGAAAAUGCCACGGUCACAGAUUUGUUACAGACUGAACAUGUGAAAGUCUACUGGCAGUCUUCAAUGUUUGUUAUGGUCCAGACAUCUUUUGGAAUGAAGAUGCAAGUCCAAGUUUCUCCUGAAGUUCAAAUGUACUUGUAUUUACCUCAGAGAGAUGCAACUACAGGUCUUUGUGGAUCAAACAACAACAACACAGAAGAUGACUUCACUACGAGCAGUGGUAUUGUGGAAAACUCAGCUCAGUCGUUUGCUCGAUCGUGGGCGCUUGGGGACUGCAAGGCAGAUAUUCCCACUGAAUGCAGCAAUACUGGCAAUGCGAUAUUUGCUGAAGAUCAGUGCAACCAGCUGUCAGACCUAAAUGGUGUGUUUGCCCAGUGCCAUGAAUAUGUGGCCGUUAACUCUUAUUUACGGGCCUGCAUUCAGAGAACCUGCCAAGCUUCCUCUGGCUUACAGGACCGUGUCUGUGUUGGCCUGGGAAACUAUGCUAAAGCCUGUGCCAGUCAGGACAUCAUCAUUGGUGACUGGAGAGCAGAAACAGCCUGCACUCCUUCUUGUGAGAGCAAUCUGAGGUUUGAUUACACCAUGCAGGCAUGUAAUCGAACAUGCCGCUCAUUGUCUGGUCCAGACCCAACCUGUGACAUGCCAGAUGACCCAGUGGAGGGCUGCGGAUGCCCACAUGGCACCCAUCUCAACACACCACUAAGGUGCAGCCCUCGUGCCCUCUGCCAAUGCAACUACCCAGGUGGAACAACUCCUCCAGGUCCUGUGGUUAUUGAUGGACGCAGUUGCCUGUGUGAAAACGGAAAUCUCCAGUGUUCAAACGUUUGUGACUGUCCACAUGGACAAAUAUGUGUCCAUUGUGCACAAGCACCAGUAAACACAGCGCAAAAGACAUGUAAAGGCCUGAGCAAUCCAUCUAGUUCUGAUCAGAGUUGUAUCAGUGGCUGUUACUGUCCAGAAGGCCAGUAUGCAGACCAUAAUGGCAGCUGUGUGACUCGAGAGAAGUGCACAUGUGAAUUCAUGGGUAUGGUUUAUGCAUCUGGGCAGGUCGUGGAGUCGAACUGUAAGACAUGCACAUGCAGAGGAGGACAGUGGGACUGUAAAGGUGAUCCAUGCCCAGGAGUGUGUGAAGUGUUUGGAAAUGGACAAUAUAAGACCUUUGAUUCCAAAUGGUAUCGUUUUGAUGGCCACUGUCAGUACACUCUGGUAGAGGAUGUGGGCCCCAGUAAGCUGUUUUCCAUUAAAGCAGAGAGUGUCCCUUGCUGUGAUGAAGUUUUAACAUGUUCCCGGGACAUUUCAGUGAAACUCAAGAAUGAAGUGACUCUAACUCUUCGUGAUAUGACCGUAACUGAAAGGCUCCUUGAAGGGUUGAAUUUCAGUACUCCUUCACUGUACUCUGUCCACACUGUGGGUCUGUACAUCAUUAUCUCCGUGCCAGAACUGAACCUGACUGUGAUUUGGGACAAGCAAACCAGAAUCAAAAUUGAGUUGCAGACCGGAUGGAAUGGUCGAGUGCGUGGACUGUGUGGUGAUUUUGAUGGAAAGCUAACGAAUGACCUGCUGACGAGGAGCUCCUCUGUAGUCUUCAGCACACUGGAGUUUGGGAACAGCUGGAAGACAGCCGUGCCUCCCUGUUCGGAUGUGACCCAGGAACUGUUUCCUUGUGAACGUCACUCAUACUGUGCAGCUUGGGCAGAGAAACGCUGCAUGAUUCUACGCAGUGACAUAUUCAAAACCUGCCACCUAAAGGUUGAUCCAACACCUUACUAUCAGGCCUGUAUUCUGGAGUCAUGCUCCUGUGAUUUUGAGGGCAAGUUUCUGGGAUUCUGCACAGUUGUUGCAGCAUAUGCUGAGGCCUGCACAACUCAAAAUGUCUGUAUCAAAUGGAGGACUCCUGAUAGGUGCCCGGUUUAUUGUGACUAUUAUAAUAAAGAGGGUCAGAGCAGCUGGCAUUAUGAAGCCUGUCCUCAACAAAUUAAGACUUGCGGGAAAGACAACAAAUUCUCUGGAAAGCUUGAAGGUUGUUACCCACGGUGCCCUGCUGAGAUUCCAUAUUAUGAUGAGAACAGAAAAAUGUGUUCCAGUUUGAAAAACUGCACCUGUUAUUUCAACAACACUGUGAUAGAACCUGGUGCUACAGUGACUACACCCAAUGGAUGCUGUAACUGCAAUGAUGGGCAAAUGAUUUGUGGUGCCUUAGUGGACUGCAUACCAAGCACAACUCCACCCACAACCAGAAGUACAGGAACCACAUCUCAAACUACAACCAGAAGUGCAGGAACCUCAACUAAAUUCAUAACUACAAAAACAGUAAGCACAACACAAACUAUAACUAGGAGUACAGGAACCACAAUUCAAACAACUAAAGGAAGCACAGCUCCAACCACAACCAGAAUUACAGGAAACACAACUCAAACAACAACUAAAGGAAGCACAACUCAAACUACAACUAAAGGAAGCACAACUCUAACCACAACUGAAAGUACAUUAACCACAAUUCAAACAACAACUAAAGGAACCACAACUCCAACCACAACCAGCAGUACAGGAAGCACAACUCGACCCACAACCAGAAGUACAGGAACCACAGCUCAAACUACAACUAAAGGAAGCACAUCUCAAACUACAACUAAAGGAAGCACAACUCUAACCACAACCAUAAGUACAGGAAGCACAACUCGACCCACAACCAGAAUUACAGGAACCACAACUCAAACAACAACUAAAGGAAGCACAACUCCAACCACAACUAAAAGUACAUUAACCACAAUUCAAACAACAACUAAAGGAACCACAACUCCAACCACAACCAGCAGUACAGGAAGCACAACUCGACCCACAACCAGAAGUACAGGAACCACAGCUCAAACUACAACUAAAGGAAGCACAUCUCAAACAACAACUAAAGGAAGCACAACUCAAACAACAACUAAAGGAAGCACAACUCUAACCACAAUCAGAAUUACAGGAACCACAACUCAAACAACAACUAAAGGAAGUACAACUCCAACCACAACCAGAAGUACAGGAAGCACAACUCAAACAACAACUAAAGGAAGCACAACUCAAACAACAACUAAAGGAAGCACAAUUCUAACCACAACUAGAAGUACAUUAACCACACUUCAAACAACAACUAAAGGAAGCACAACUCCAACCACAACCAGCAGUACAGGAAGCACAACUCGACCCACAACCAAAAGUACAGGAACCACAUCUCAAACUACAACUAAAGGAAGCACAUCUCAAACUACAACUAAAGGAAGCACAACUCGACCCACAACCACAAUUACAGGAAGCACAACUCGACCCACAACCACAAUUACAGGAACCACAACUCAAACAACAACUAAAGGAAGUACAACUCCAACCACAACCAGAAGUACAGGAAGCACAACUCAAACAACAACUAAAGGAAGCACAACUCUAACCACAACCAUAAGUACAGGAAGCACAACUCGAACCACAACCAGAAUUACAGGAACCACAACUCAAACAACAACUAAAGGAAGCACAACUCGACCCACAACCACAAUUACAGGAAGCACAACUCGACCCACAACCACAAUUACAGGAACCACAACUCAAACAACAACUAAAGGAAGUACAACUCCAACCACAACCAGAAAUACAGGAAGCACAACUCAAACAACAACUAAAGGAAGCACAACUCAAACAACAACUAAAGGAAGCACAACUCGACCCACAACCACAAUUACAGGAAGCACAACUCGACCCACAACCACAAUUACAGGAACCACAACUCAAACAACAACUAAAGGAAGUACAACUCCAACCACGACCAGAAGUACAGGAAGCACAACUCAAACAACAACUAAAGGAAGCACAACUCUAACCACAACCAUAAGUACAGGAAGCACAACUCGAACCACAACCAGAAUUACAGGAACCACAAUUCAAACAACAACUAAAGGAAGCACAACUCGACCCACAACCACAAUUACAGGAAGCACAACUCGACCCACAACCACAAUUACAGGAACCACAACGCAAACAACAACUAAAGGAAGCACAACUCAAACAACAACUAAAGGAAGCACAACUCUAACCACAACCAUAAGUACAGGAAGCACAACUCGAACCACAACCAGAAUUACAGGAAGCACAACUCAAACAACAACUAAAGGAAGCACAACUCGACCCACAACCACAAUUACAGGAAGCACAACUCGACCCACAACCACAAUUACAGGAACCACAACUCAAACAACAACUAAAGGAAGUACAACUCCAACCACAACCAGAAGUACAGGAAGCACAACUCAAACAACAACUAAAGGAAGCACAACUCAAACAACAACUAAAGGAAGCACAACUCUAACCACAACCAUAAGUACAGGAAGCACAACUCGAACCACAACCAGAAUUACAGGAAGCACAACUCAAACAACAACUAAAGGAAGCACAACUCGACCCACAACCACAAUUACAGGAAGCACAACUCGACCCACAACCACAAUUACAGGAACCACAACUCAAACAACAACUAAAGGAAGUACAACUCCAACCACAACCAGAAGUACAGGAAGCACAACUCAAACAACAACUAAAGGAAGCACAACUCAAACAACAACUAAAGGAAGCACAACUCUAACCACAACUAGAAGUACAUUAACCACAAUUCAUACAACAACUAAAGGAAGCACAACUCCAACCACAACCAGCAGUACAGGAAGCACAACUCGACCCACAACCAAAAGUACAGGAACCACAUCUCAAACUACAACUAAAGGAAGCACAACUAUAACCACAACCAUAAGUACAGGAAGCACAACUCGACCCACAACCAGAAUUACAGGAACCACAGCUCAAACUACAACUAAAGGAAGCACAACUCGACCCACAACCAGAAGCACAGAAACCACGGCUCAAACUACAACCAAAGGAAGCACAACUCUAACCACAACCAGCAGUACAGGAAGCACAAGUCGGCCCACAACCAGAAGUACAGGAAGCACAACUGAAUCAGAGUUUUCGGUAAUAACUGGAACAGCAAAACCCAUAAAGAAUGGGAGUCAAGACAUUGUGACUACAACAGAAUUCACAUCUAGAACCACAACUACAACUAAAGGUAGCACAACUCAAUCCACAGCCAGAAAUACAGGAAGCACAACUCGACCUACAACCAGAAGUACAGGAACCACAGCUCAAUCUACAACUAAAAUUACAGGAACCACAACUCAAACAACAACUAAAGGAAGCACAACUCCACCCACAACCAGAAUUACAGGAACCACAACUCAAACAACAACUAAAGGAAGCACAACUCUAACCACAACCAUAAGUACAGGAAGCACAACUCGACCCACAACCAGAAUUACAGGAACCACAGCUCAAACUACAACUAAAGGAAGCACAUCUCAAACUACAUCUAAAGGAAGCACAACUCUAACCACAACCAUAAGUACAAGAAGCACAACUCAACCCACAACCAGAAGCACAGGAACCACAGCUCAAACUACAACCAAAGAAAGCACAACUCGACCCACAUCCAGCAGUACAGGAAGCACAACUGGACCCACAACCAGAAGCACAGGAACCACAGCUCAAACUACAACUAAAGGAAGCACAACUCUAACCACAACCGUAAGUACAGGAAGCACAACUCGACCCACGACCAGAAGUACAGGAACCACAACUCAAACUACAGCUAAAGGAAGUACAACUCCAACCACAACCAGAAGUACAGGAAGCACAACUCAAACAACAACCAGAAGUACAGGAAACACAACUCAAACUACAGCUAAAGUAACCUCAACUACAACCAGAAGUACAUUAACCACAAUUCAAACAACAACUAAAGGAAGCACAACUUCAACCACAACCAGAAGUUCAGUAACCACACCUAGAACCACAUCCCAAAAAACAGGAAGCACAAGUAGUACAGCUACAACCAAAUCCUCAACUACUCCAAGCACAACUCAAACCACAGAUUGCAAGGAUCUACAUGGAAACAAAUCAUGGAAAAAUGGUGAUCAGUGGAUUGACGGCUGCUACAAUAAUACUUGCAUAAUGGGUGGUAUUACUGUUAGUCCUGUCAAAUGCCCAGCACAGGUCAAGCCAGCGUGCCCCAGAAAAACUGAAAAGUUGGUAAAAGAUAAGCAAGGCUGUUGUGAAAGAUGGCAAUGUGAUUGUCAAUGUGAUGUCUAUGGAGACCCCCAUUAUACUACAUUUGAAGGGCAGGACUUUGAUUUCCUAGAAAACUGUACAUAUAUUCUGGUGGAGGAAAGGACUCCACAUCACCAUCUCAGAAUCAGUGUUGACAAUUAUUACUGUGAGCCAUCUGCUUCUUGUGUUAAGGGUAUCAUUGUGAAGUAUCAUAACAGCACAGCAAUACUUCAAGCCCUUCGGGUUCCUAAAAAAAUAGUACAGGUUACUCUGAAUAAAGUAACAAUAAACCCACCUUAUCAAGCAGAUGGACUUAGGUUUGUGGGAACAAGUACCAAUGUUUACAUUUACAUUGAAGAGAUUCGCUCAUACAUCUCUCUCAGUGCAAGGAACACACUCCAAAUCAAUUUGGCAAUGGAACACUUCUCUAAUAACACACAGGGGCAGUGUGGUGUUUGUGGAGGUACAUCAUGUAUGCGUAGGAAUGGUUCUGCUGAGAGUGCGGGCUGCUGCGAUAAGACUGCAUUUGAGUGGAUAGAGGAUGAUCCACAGAAACCUUACUGUCAACAGGUCCCCCGGCAUGUCCCAUGUUCUCCACCAAUUACUCCAAAACCACCAUGCAAGGCUCCUCUCUGUGAGCUCCUCAGACAUAAUGUGUUCAGUGAAUGCAGCAAGGAUAUUGAUGUGGAGAAGCUAGUAAGUAACUGCAAGUUUGAUUACUGUGUGGCCCGAAACAAUGAAACUCUGUGCUCCCCACUAGAGCGUCUAGCUGAUCACUGCAAUAAGAAGGGCUUCUGUGUAGCCUGGAGAAAUCUCACAAGUGGAAUUUGUGACGUUACUUGUCCUAAAGGAAUGAUUUUCGAAGAAUGCCGGAGAACUCCAAUUGAUUUUUGUCGUGGCGGUGUUCGUGUUCCUGGUGAAGAUUUGGAUACAAUGAGGUCUGGCUGUUUCUGCCCAGACAGCCAACUACUUGCCGAUCCACACAAAGACAUCUGUGUAUCUACAUGCACUAACUGUAAAGGCCCACUGGGAGAACCUAUGCCGGUUGGGGCAAUAUGGGAGUCAAAUUGCCACAUGUGUGAAUGCAAUAAUCAAACACUGACAGAAUGCUGGCCAAAACCGACACUUCCACCUCCCACAUGCAGUCCUGGCUUUGUCCUUGUCCCUGGAUGCUGCAACAACCAGAUAUGUGUUGAGCAGACUUGUGAAUACAAUAGAACAACAUAUAAGGUGGGUGAAACAUGGAGGAACCCUAAGAGCCCGUGUCUAUCAUAUCGCUGUACAAAUGCAGGCACUGAAAUAGAGCGGACUGUGUGUCCACAACAGUUUUGUCCUGAGGAACUCCAAGUUUGGGAUGAGCAUCAUUGCUGCUAUUCAUGCAACACAACGUGUGGAGUCAGGUUGUCCAGAAUGACUGUAGAGAACUGCACCAUGGAAGUGAUGCUGCCCACCUGUGAUGGAAACUGUGCAUCAAGUUCCCUGUGGGUAAAGUCUGGGAAAGAGCUGUGGAAUAAUCAGACCUGCUGCAGAGCAAAAGCCUAUGAGGAAAAAACGAUUUCUCUGAACUGUGGUAGAGCUACAGCUACUGAAUACACCUACAGACACAUCACUAGCUGUGAGUGUCAGCAUGAAAAAUUGGACCAUGAAAGAUAAAAAAUAACAAUGCAAUGGUCAUUGAACCUGGUGUUUAAAACUAUAAUCCAUAAAUAUAUCUGGUGUAAUUUGAUUUGCAUGACUUAAUAUUUUUUAAAUGAUCAAUGCAUUAUGAUUUUUUCUUAAUAUCUUGUGUUUUCCGCUUCCUACUGUGAUUAUUCAGUGCCAAAAAUUCACAGGAAUUCCUUGUGAGAUUUUUGAUUUUUUUCACUACAUAUUCUAAUUCAUCUGAUUAAAUACUAAAAUUGAAGAAUAUCAAGUCUAAAUGGAAAUGUAAUAAAUAUCAAUAGUCAUGGACUAAUUUCUUUUU